GCCAUGCAUCGGGACAACCACGCGUACCAACAAAUCCCGUUCAAGGACUCGUGCGCGUACCAGAGAGCGGCGGCCAACCCGGAGGAGUUCGCCCACAGCCCCCCGCCCUGCCUCUACAUGAGCCGCCAGGUGCAGGCCGCCUACCCGCCGCCUAACCCGGCGGACCCGGCGGACCCGGCGUUCGGCCUCCCUCUCCGGGAAGACUUCGGGAUCCCGCUGCUGCACCAGCACCCGCAAACACCGCAACACCCGCAGCCGCUCACGCCCGCCGCGCCCUACGGGGACACGGACGAGCGGAGCCGCUUUCACCUCCCGUUCCCCUGGAUGAAAAGCACCAAAGCCCACUCCCACGCGUGGAAGGCGCAGUGGACAGGUCCGUACAUGAUGGCGGAGGCCGAGGAGAGCAAGCGCACGCGCACGGCCUACACCCGUGCUCAGCUUCUGGAACUGGAGAAGGAAUUCCUGUUCAACCGCUACAUCUCCAGGCCGCGCCGCGUGGAACUGGCGCUCACCCUCAGCCUGACCGAGCGCCACAUCAAGAUCUGGUUCCAAAACCGCCGCAUGAAGUGGAAGAAGGAGGAGGACCGGCGGCGGGCCAGGAGGGGCGAGCCGGACCAGGACUCGGCCGUCACCUCCGGGGACCAGGGGGAGGCGGGGGCGGCGGUCUCGCCACCGCUCUCCCCGGAACUGCGCACGCUGGACCAAGAGAAGGCGCUUUUUUGAAGCCUUGUAAGGAAGAUCGUCACGGAAGGACAAGGGAAAGCGGGGUACACACAUACCGAUAAUCAGGCCCAAUUCUCAGAUUAUCCUGAGUGAUUAUCCUGUGCCAAAAGAGAUUUUUCCUCGCCGAUCUGAUCUGUCAGGGUGUACAAUCGUGAAUGUUAAGCCAGUUUAAUAUUUACAAUCGGAAAUCCUCGCGUGUGGUCAAGACCGAAUUGGACCGCAGUUUCCGUGAUUGUGACGUGGGCCGUUUGCAACCGCGAUGUUGUAGCCAGAUGCGCUAACAGUUGACCUAGCUCAGUGGCUCUCGAACUUUUCACACUAACUGCUUUACUACCCCAAAAUAAAAAAUAAAAAUAAUGAUAAUGAAUUUUAGCGCUGAAAGUAACACUAUCAUGGCUGACAUUAAAAUACAUUAGCAUGGUAGCAAGUGUUCAUCAAAAACAGGUUUUAUUUCUAAAAAGUACAUUUCAUAUUAUUGUAAGACACUGUAACAUCAUACAAAUGAAGGAAUUAAAAUGUAUUGCACAUAAACAAAUACAAAUUGUACUUAUAUUUUAAAAUAAACUUCUUUCACAUCAAAUGCAAAUGUAUUACACUUUAAACGUUAAAGACAACUGAACUGUGCUCAGGCAGUGAUUCUUUCGCUGCCACUAGAAACUCCUCAAACUAAAAAUAACUUUAAUGUCCAGCUUCUUUGUACUUCUUCUUCUACUAUUCUUUGUAUUUGCUAUCAGUGUGCAUACCUUGUGGCUCUAUGCCGCCUCUCACAGGUCGGUUCUGGUACUACAACAGACUGCGUCUGGGGUGCCAUGUUGAUCAUCUGGAGGACACUACACACCGAAAGCACAUUGAGUAUACACUUGUCAUUUUUUUCCUCAUGUGAUAUUUCAUAAAUUGCUAUGCGUGUACCCAAUCAACACGACUCUUCACACCCCCAGAGUGGAGGACUAACGUUAGCUACAGCAGAUUAC